GAGAAAGACAGAGUGGUUUUUAGAUAGAGAGAAAGAACAACCCUGUGCAAAGACAUAAUUGUUUUUCUUAUGACAGCUUCGUCAUAACAUCUGAAGGAGAAAGAAGGAUAAAAAGGGUGUUUCGUGAGAUAUAGUUUGAAGGAUUUGUUUUCCGCAACAAAGGAGCAAGAAGAAUAAUUGAAGAAUAAAGAUGGAGUUAUCCGAUUGCUCUAAUGAAUAUGAGAAGCUCGUUGUACGGAUGAACAUGCCCAGGGUCGUGAUUGACAAUGGUGUUUGCCCUAAUUCAACUGUCGUCAAGAUUGAUAGCGCAAGAAGCCCAGGGAUAUUGCUAGAAUCUGUACAGCUUCUCACCGAUAUGAAUCUCUGGAUUAGGAAAGCUUAUAUUUCCUCCGACGGAAAAUGGAACAUGGAUGUUUUUCAUGUCAGCGAUCUUAAUGGAAACAAAUUAACUGACGAGAACCUAAUCCAUUACAUUGAAAAGUCGAUCGAGACGUCUCACUACUGUAAAAGCGAAGGGUACACCGGUUUAACCGCUCUAGAGUUAACCGGAACAGACAGAGUUGGUUUACUCUCAGAGGUUUUCGCCGUUCUAGCCGAUCUUCAGUGUGACGUUGUUGAGGCUAAGGCAUGGACGCACAACGGGAGGAUUGCCUCGAUGAUCUACGUUAGAGACGGAAACUCCGGGACUUCGAUCGACGAAGAUUCCGACCGUGUCCAACGUAUAGAAGGGCAGUUACGUAAUUUACUAAAAGCAGACGAUGGUUACCAAAACGAUACGAGGACAUGUGUUACGUAUGGUGGCAAUACUCAUAUGGAGAGAAGGUUGCAUCAGAGAAUGUUCAUGGACCGUGACUACGAGAAGAAGUUUGAUUCGGACACAUCUCCAGUCGUUUCCGUACAGAAUCUUGAGAAACGUGGUUACUCUGUCGUGAACUUGCAGUGCAAGGAUAGGAUGAAGCUUUUGUUCGACGUGGUUUGCACGUUAACGGACAUGGCUUACAUUGUGUUCCAUGCCGCGAUUAGGACGGUGGAAGAGACGGCGUUUUUGGAAUUCUAUGUAAGGCAUAGUGAUGGAAGCCCGGUUAAUUCAGAACCGGAGAGACAACGAUUGAUCCAAUGUUUACAAGCUGCGAUUGAAAGAAGAACGGUUAAGGGUGUGAGACUAGAGCUAUGCACUACAGAUAGACCUGGAUUGUUGGCAGAAGUAACACGAGUAUUAAGGGAGAAUGGAUUAAACAUUGCUAGAGCCGAGAUAUCGACUAAAGAAGGUAUAGCAAGAAAUGUGUUCUAUGUGACAGAUGCAAAUGGUAACCUUAUCGAUCCGGAGAUAAUCAAAUCUAUUAGAGAGAAGAUUGGAAUCGAUGAUAUAAGUGUUAAAGAACCGUUCCCGCUUAGCUGCCGACAAGAAGUUGAGAAGGAACAACAACAACAAGAGCAGCAAAAUCACCAAGCACGUAUUGGAGGAGGGGCAGUAUUAGUAUCACUUGGAAGUCUAGUUAUGAGAAAUCUAUACCAAUUGGGUUUGAUUAAAUCAUAUUUUUAG